GGUAGUUUGAGGAAAUAGGAAGUCAGUCUACAAUUACCACAAAGACUAAAAACAAAAGGCAUUUGUACAUGAUGGCAGGAAUAAAAGCUCUUGUUGCGUUAUCCUUCAGUGGUGCACUUGGACUGACAUUUCUCCUUUUGGGAUGUGCACUGGAACAGUUUGGACAGUAUUGGCCCAUGUUUGUUCUGAUAUUCUACAUCUUGUCACCUAUACCAAAUCUAAUAGCCAGGCGGCAUGCAGAUGACACUGAGUCAAGCAAUGCAUGCCGGGAACUUGCAUACUUUUUAACCACCGGUAUUGUGGUGUCAGCUUAUGGUCUCCCAGUUGUGCUGGCUCGAAAAGCUGUGAUUCAAUGGGGUGCCGCUGGUCUGGUAAUGGCAGGAAAUUGUGUCAUUUUUCUGACCAUUCUGGGUUUCUUCCUGAUAUUCGGAGGUGGAGAUGACUUCAGUUGGGAACAGUGGUAAACCCAUCAAGAUGAAGAACAUCAUUAAAAUUUAAUCUAUGAAUUAUAGUUUAUUGGCACAGGCCUUGGCAUAGGUUGAUCUGUUACUCUAAUUAUGUCUUUUAUUUGGCUCGCUUGCUAUGUUCAAUGUUUAUGACUGCAUCUUUAUGGUGAUUUGCUUAAAAACAGUAAAUUAAUAAAAUAGGUAACAGUUCCAAUUAUAGGAACUUGUUUUAAUAGAAAAAAGGGGAAUUUGUAAUGUACAGUAUUUUUGUUUCUUUGCAGUCGAAUCAAAGGAAAAACAUUUAAGUACAAUUUUUUCUGUAAAUAAAAUAAAGCCUAUUUUUUAGCAUUCA